AUGUGGGAGCUGCGGUCAGCCUCCUUCUGGAGGGCCAUAUUUGCUGAGUUCUUUGCCACCCUCUUCUAUGUCUUCUUUGGGCUGGGGGCCUCGCUGCGUUGGGCCCCGGGCCCCCUGCACGUCCUGCAGGUGGCUCUGGCCUUCGGCCUGGCCCUGGCGACCCUGGUGCAGGCGGUGGGCCACAUCAGCGGCGCCCACGUCAACCCCGCGGUCACUUUCGCCUUCCUGGUGGGCUCCCAGAUGUCCCUCCUCCGCGCCAUCUGCUACAUGGUGGCCCAGCUCCUGGGCGCCGUGGCGGGGGCCGCCGUGCUGUACAGCGUCACCCCGUCGGCCAUCCGAGGAAACCUAGCGCUCAACACGCUGCACCCUGGGGUGAGCGUGGGCCAGGCCACCAUCGUGGAGAUCUUCCUGACGCUCCAGUUCGUGCUCUGCAUCUUUGCCACGUACGACGAGAGGCGGAAUGGCCGAAUGGGCUCCGUGGCCCUGGCCGUGGGCUUCUCCCUCACCCUGGGGCACCUCUUUGGGAUGUAUUAUACAGGCGCAGGCAUGAACCCUGCCCGCUCCUUCGCUCCUGCCAUUCUUACCAGAAACUUCACCAACCACUGGGUGUACUGGGUGGGCCCGGUCAUUGGAGCAGGCCUGGGCAGUCUCCUUUAUGACUUUCUCCUCUUCCCCCGGCUCAAGAGUGUUUCUGAGAGACUGUCUAUUCUCAAGGGUACCAGGCCCAGUGAGUCCAAUGGACAACCAGAGGUCACAGGGGAACCUGUUGAACUGAAGACCCAGGCCCUGUAA